GCUCCUCCCCCUCCUGCCGUCCGUCGCUCUCCAUGCCCGGCCAUCUACUGCUCCAUACCCGGCCCAUCUUGCUCUCCAUACCCGGCGCAUCUGACACUACAUGCCCGCGCUUCUUGUCCACAUCAAACCUGGAUUAAACGGACCCGUUUUCUUUAUACUUGGUUGGAAAGAAAGCCGGACUCGAGUGGUUAUGACGACAUGGAUGCCAGCUAGUGAACUCAGCUAAGCUAACUGGAUCAGAGCUGUUAGCAGGAAGCUAACGCUAUCUGCAGGAUUAACCACCGGCUGGAAACUUUGGCUUUUUGUUCCUGUUUCGCACAUCAGAAUACUUUUUUUUUGAGCCGCCACCCCAGAAGAAACGAGGCCGGUGGUUCGUGAUGUCCGGGGCUGUAUGGGUCGAGGCAGGGAGAGAGUUGCAGAGAUAUAGGUCACGAUAGACGGCCGGCGGCGGCUUUAUGGGUCACAGCUACAGCUUAGCUCCAUGCUAACAGCUGGUUAGCAUCAUAGCUGGUAAGGACCCCGACCACAACACAGCAGCAAAACAGAAGGCAUUUUGGAUCUAAGUCAAUCAAAGUUGUUUUAAGUCCCUAACGGUGGUUCAGCGGGACCCAGCCGAGCAGCGGCCGGUAAUCCAGGCUCCUCAUCUGUUUUUAACCUGAGCCAGCAUCGACCCACUGGUCCCCAGAGUCCGACCGCCUCCACUUUCUUUAUCCCGUUCAUUAUUUGACGAUAAACGAUGCUGGACAUAACGUCUGACCUUUGCAUAAGCAAACAAAACUGAUCAUCCUCGUCAUGCAUGUGGAAGCAAUCGGUUGCAUUAGUCGCCAGUAGCCGGGAAUAGGUCGGGGUGGUCUGCGAAGAAGCUGAGUUCGGGGGUCCAGAGGUGAGCAUGGCCUUCCACGGGGCAGGUCGACAGGCGGUCUGUGGAAACCUGUUCCCUGGCUCUGAACUGGGCCACAAGUACUUCUGCGUUAACACUUCUACUGGAACCCCGUCUACCGGCCUCAGCGCCACGCCGUGCCUGACGGGACCCACGGCCCCUGCGGGGACGCCUCGUCACCCGACGUCUCUUGGUGGAAGCACGGGUGGUGGGGCGGCGGUACCGCAGCCCUACAGCAACCCGGCCAGCGAGGUGCCAAGCCCGGCGGAAAUGGAGCCGGAUCGGCCCAUCGGCUAUGGGGCCUUCGGUGUUGUCUGGUCGGUCACGGACCCGCGCGACGGCCGCAAGGUGGCGCUGAAGAAGAUGCCGAACGUAUUCCAGAACCUGGUGUCAUGCAAGAGGGUCUUCAGAGAGCUGCGCAUGCUCUGCUUCUUCAAACACGACAAUGUUCUGUCUGCGCUGGACAUCCUGCAGCCGCCACAGAUCGACUGCUUCGAGGAGAUAUACGUCAUCACAGAGCUGAUGCAGAGCGACCUCCACAAGGUCAUCGUGUCUCCUCAGCCGCUCACCACCGACCACAUCAAGGUCUUCCUCUACCAGAUCCUCAGAGGGCUGAAGUACCUCCACUCUGCUGGGAUCCUCCACAGAGACAUCAAACCUGGCAACCUGCUGGUCAACUCCAACUGUCUGCUCAAGAUCUGUGACUUUGGCCUGGCCCGCGUGGAGGAGCCCGACCCCUCGCGUCACAUGACCCAGGAGGUGGUGACCCAGUACUACCGCGCCCCCGAGGUGCUGAUGGGUAGCCGCCACUACGGCUCGGCCAUCGACGUCUGGUCCGUGGGCUGCAUCUUCGCCGAGCUGCUGGGCCGACGCAUCCUAUUCCAGGCCCAGAGCCCCAUCCAGCAGCUGGACCUGAUCACAGACCUGCUGGGGACCCCGCCCCUCUCCGCCAUGGCCUCGGCCUGCGAGGGCGCCCGCGCCCACAUCCUGAGAGGCCCCCACAAACCGCCCUCCCUGUCGGUGCUCUACAUGCUGUCGGACGCGGCCACGCACGAGGCCGUGCACCUGCUCUGCCGCAUGCUGGUGUUCGACCCGGCCAAGCGUAUCUCCGGCAGCGACGCGCUGUCCCACCCCUACCUGGACGAGGGCCGGCUGCGCUACCACACCUGCAUGUGCCAGUGCUGCUACUCGGUGCCCAGCGGCCGCGUCUACACCCGCGACUUCGAGCCGCCCGCCGAGCGACCCUUCAGCCACAGCUACGAGAACAGCCUGCUGUCCGUCUGGCAGGGCAAAGAGCUGAUCCACCGCUUCAUCACGGAGCACCAGCAGGGGAAGAGAGUCCCGCUCUGCAUCAACCCCCAGAGCGCGGCCUUCAAGACCUUCAUCAGGUCGACGGCGUGGCACUCCUCCAAGGUGUCAAGGAAGGAGGAGAGAUGAGGAGGGGCCGAUACCGCCGGGGCUUCUGGGAAACCUCCAUCAAACCGACACUGGAAAGAAGAUGCAGACACACACACACACACAGACACACACACACACACACACACACACACACACACACACACACACACACACACACACACAGACAGUCCCCCCCACACACACACACCUGUAAGAAGGAGGUGCCCUGCUCCUCCUCCUCCUCCUCAUGUUUAAACUGUAGUGUUUGUGGUGUUGAAGUCAUUCCAGGGAGGAGCACUAGGACCCAGGAGGCGCUGCUCCUCCUCCUGCUCCCCCAGGAGGCGCACGAGGCAUGCCCCGCCCCCACGCAGCACUGUGUUAGCCGCCCCAUGUAGCAGAACGCCGCGCUCCUCCUCCACGCUCCUCCUCAACUCCCAUCAGGGACCUCCCCCCCCCCCGCCCGCUGACGGAUGCUACAGAGAGACCUGCUGGUGCAUUGUGGGUAACGGUCUGUGGUCUGAACAUUGUCUUUGAGACGUUGGCGCUAAUGCCAGUGCUAAGCUAGGCUAGGCUAACAGAGGUCCUCCAGGUGUCCCUGCUGAACAGAGACCACCCCCUCGACUUCAGCCAUGCCAAACGGGCUUUGUGAUUGGCUGGAAGCGGCCAGGCAGGGCGUGGCUUAAGGUGUAGAGGGAAGGGUCUCAAUAGACCAUGCUUUUAUUUAAUUUAUUGAGUGUGUGUGUGUGUGUGUGUGUGUGUGUGUCUGAAGAAGCAGGUAGAAGAGUGUAAACUAUAGCCCACCCACCCCGGUCCACCACAGACCCACUAGACCCCCCCCCGGACCAGGACCCAGUGGACCAGUCCGUCUAAGGGAGGUUCUUGGCCCCGCUGUGUAUUUCUAGCCUUUUGUAUUUUCCCCGAGGCCCACCUCAUCGUCCUCUGAGCCCUGACCUCCCUGGCUCAUGAAGCCGAGCGUGACCGGGGCUACGGUUCGCCUUCCCACCACUAGGAGUGCUGUAGGGCUUGAGCUCUGUAUAGCUGCAUGUGUACCCCCCCCCCCCCCACCCCCGGAGCAGCGCUGUCCACAUGGACGAUACCAUUCAUGUUGUGGUCCUUUUUUAUUUAAUUAUUCAUCUUUUAGGAAAUGAUAUUACUCUGGACCCGUUUUGUAAGUUUGAUGUUUGAUCCGUUUUGAUUUUGAAUUGGUAGUUGUGUUUUCAGAGGGUAAGCCCCGCCCCCCCUCACCUCUGCAUUAGCUGUAUUAGGAUUAAGACAUGACAUCCCCGUGUGACAUGAUGCAUCACUCCUGCUUGCUAGCUUCACCCCACAGCUCACAGCCAACAGCUCAACGUCACCGCAGCCAUCACACUGCGAUCAUCACGCCUCAACACCUCUUCUAAACUACCAAUACUUAGACGUCCACAUCUAACAUCUAACCUACUGGUGAUCUGGAAGUUACGUCUUCUAAACUAUUGGUUAUCUGGAAGUUGCAUCAUAUCCUACAAACUAAACUAUUGCUUAUUUCAGCCUCAAAUUUCUUUCCUCUUCUCGGGUAUAAAAAGAAUCCUCUUGAUAUUUUGUUUUAUGAUAUGAAACCGAUGUUGUUUUAACGUUUUAGCAGCAGGAUGUUUGACUUGUUCCCAACAAAUACUUGAAUUUCUUAAAAAACGAUGUUUAGAAUUUAAAGUAGUGGACCAUGAAUAAAACUAGACACUGGAAUCUUUAAUACCCACUUGUAUGUCUUGAUUUUCAAGUUUUCAGAUUGUGUAAAAUGCUAUCGGUCGUCAGCUAAUUUGUGAAGCUAACUACACGUAGUCCAAUAGUUAAACAAACCUGGCUAAUGCUAGUUGUCUAGGUAAUGAAGCUAGUUAACAAUAGAUGGCUAGUUAAAUAAGCAAGCUUAUGGUAGUUAAUGUUGGUCGCGUGACUGACGCAUACACACAUACAACCCCCUCUAAAUCCUAAUCGCUCUUUAAGUUCUCAGCAGGGGUGUCUGCUCCACCUGUCUGUCUCCUGUAUUUUCUUGUCUCUCUCUCUGCCUGUCUUUCUGUAGAUAAAUCUGACAGGUAGACCAGCUGGCAGGUAUUUACAUGAAAGCCCAGCCAGCCCGC